AUGCGAGGAGGAUUCACAAGACGAGGACGCAGGUUGGCUGUUCUUGAUGAUGAUGAAGAAAAUGCUCUUGAGGAAGAAAUUCGCGUCGAAGAGGAAGAAGGGGAGGAAGGAGAGGAAAAUGGUACAAUGAGGCGAAAUGUUAGAAAAAUGCGAGGAGGAUUCACAAUACGAGGACGCAGGUUGGCUGUUCUUGAUGAUGAUGAAGAAAAUGCUCUUGAGGAAGAAAUUCGUGUCGAAGAGGAAGAAGGGGAGGAAGGAGAGGAAAAUGGUACAGUGAGGCGAAAUGGUACAGUGAGGCGAAAUGGUACAGUGAGGGACCAUCCUACACAUGAUCAAGAUGGCCGUAUAUUCAUUCAUCUCAGAAAUGAUGGAUUAUUGCAACCUUCCAAAGCCGUGGCGAACAUAUUGCACAGUGCUUUUCAGAAUAUAGUACACCCAACUGCAUUCUCACAAGCAACUCUUGAUGAAGCAUGCAUUGAAUCCUAUUGGGAAGAAUUUAAGGUCCAUGCAAAUAUUGAGAACUACAAUCAAGAUCUUGCCAAAAGUGCUUUUCGUAAGAGAUGUAAGCGUAAGUAUGGCAAUCAUAUCUACAGACUGAAAAAUAGGAAAAGAAAGCCUGCUUACUUCACAAAUGCGUUGUGGGAAGAUUACACUAAAGCGUGGACGACGGCUGAGUCUAUCAAGAUUUCCGAGAGAUGUUCGAAAAACCGUAAACAAGGUUAUGAGAAAGCCCCCGGCACACAUUGUAACGGAUCUGUUCCAUUUGACGUGACUGUGGAAAAGAUGAUUAAAGAGAAUAAAGGGAAGAUGCCUAAAUUUGUAGAACUUUAUGUAAGGGUUCACACGCUAAGGGGCAAAGAUUCAUCGGGGGAGUUGUGUUCGCAGCGCGCCAUAGAAAAAAUGGAGCAAGUUAAGGCAAGAGCCGAUGAAUUACGGGCUGCAGGGGAAGUAGAUCCAGAUUUUGAUCGCAUUUUCCUUGACCUUUUUGUGAAGAAGAUGAAGAGAAACCAAAUUCCCGGAGCUGGACAGGCAACGAGCAUUUAUUUCCCUAAUGUUGCUAGCAGAUCAUCCACUGGAGGCUCAGGUAUUAGCACGGAAGAGUUACAAGCAAUGCGAGAGCAAAUUACAACUGAGAUGCGCGUGGAGCUGGAGCAGCAGAAUGCGGCAUCCCGCGCAGAGCAGGAGCAGCGACAUGCCGAGCUGGAGAUGCAAAAUGCUGCAUUGCGCGCGGAGCUGGAGAGUCAAGGUGCAGCGCGCGACGCUGCUUUAGCGCGGCAAAAAAUGGAGUUACGCGCGGAAUUUGAGAAAAAAAUGAGAGGAUAUUAG